GGCUGACGGACGAUGAGAUUGACCUGGCUUUCCAGCAGUCGGGCACUGCUACAGAAGAGCCUCCAUCCUUGGGCCUGGCUACGCCAGUGGCUCCUGUCCAGACCCCCCACCUCAUCGCACAGCCAUGCAGCCCCGGAAGUUCCCGAUGGCGAGAUUACGGUGCCUUGGCCAUCAUCAUGGCAGGAAUUGCAUUUGGCUUUCACCAGCUCUACAAGAAGUACCUGCUGCCCCUUAUCCUGGGAGGCAGAGAGGACAGGAAGCAGCUGGAGAGGAUGGCAUCGAGUCUCUCCGAACUGAGUGGCAGCGUGGCCCAGACAGUGACUCAGGUACAGACAACGCUGGCCUCUGUCCAAGAGCUACUGAGACAGCAGCAGCAGAAGGUCCAAGAGCUGGCCCAUGAGCUGGCCGCUGCCAAGGCCACCACAUCAACCAACUGGAUCCUGGAGUCCCAGAAUAUCAAUGAGCUCAAGUCGGAAAUCAACUCCUUGAAAGGGCUUCUCUUGAAUAGGAGGCAGUUCCCGCCCUCCCCAUCAGCCCCGAAGAUUCCCUCCUGGCAGAUCCCAGUGAAGUCGCCCUCGCCCUCCAGCCCCGCGGCCGUGAACCACCACAGCAGCAGCGACAUCUCUCCUGUCAGCAACGAGUCCACAUCAUCCUCUCCUGGGAAGGAGAGCCACAGCCCCGAGGGCUCCACGGCCACCUACCACCUGCUGGGCCCCCAGGAGGAGGGGGAGGGGGUGGUGGACGUCAAGGGCCAGGUGAGGAUGGAGGUGCAGGGGGAGGAGGAGAAGAGGGAGGACAAGGAGGAGGAGGAGGAGGAGGAGGAGGAGGAGGACGUGAGCCACGUGGAUGAGGAAGACGUGCUUGGGGUGCAGAGGGAGGACCGGCGGGGCGGUGACGGGCAGAUCAAUGAGCAGGUGGACAAGCUUCGGCGGCCAGAGGGCGCCAGCAACGAGAGCGAGCGGCACUAGGUGGGCGCUUGCUUGCCCGCCUUCCCAGCGCCCCAGGACAUCAGUGGCAGGUGGGCAUGAGCGUGGCUCUGCCUCCAUGAGGGUGGCUGGCAACCCAGGUAGGGGUGAGGCUGUCCUCAGCUGCAGCAGUGUGGGGUUCCUCCGUUCACCAGCCUCCCAAACACCUCCCCCAGCCCUGGUGGCUCUGGCUGUUGGAGGCCAAGCGGAGGACUCCAGAGCCCUGUGCUCACACCCCUGCCUACCCCUCCUGGACAGGUGUCCUGUCCAGGUGUGUCCUCUGAGGAUCUUGACUACCUGACACCAUGCAUGGCCAGAGCUCAUGUCAUCUCCUGCCUCCUGUCACCUUAGUGCAGGGGGCUGUGGCCCCCAUGGUCUUGCUGUCUCCUACUGUGCCCUGGCUUGGCCUGGGGCUUCUUUUUUGCCUGUUCCAAAAGCCAGAGCCCUGGACCUGCUCUUCAUCUGUGGGCCUGCCAGGACCCAGCCUCCCUACAACCAGGUCCUGGCUGACAGAUGCUCCCACCUGCCCUGUUGUCCUGUAUACCACACAAGACCAUCCUCGCUUGCUGUGUCAUGGUUUGGCUACUCAGUGGUGAGGUGUGCUUCUCCCUCCUGCAGUGGAGCCAGGCAGCAGGGCCUUCCUGACCAACAGCCACAUCUGUCCUGCCCACUGAGAAACAUGUUCAUUUAUGUGAUCAUGUAUAGAUUUCAGAAUAUAAGAUAUGACUGUACAUAUUGUAAUAAAUAUGAGUUGCCAUAUUUAC